AUGUCCGAAGAGCCAACAAAAACACAGGACAACGUCAAUGAAGCGCCCGAAAACAAGGAAGAUCCGAAAACCGAGGACGGCGGAUUGAACGAUUGGCUAAAUGCUGGCACUUCGUGGGGAAGCAGCUGGCUGCAGAAUGCUAAACAAAAGACUUUCCAAACAUUCGAGCUCGUCAAGAAAGAUUUGAACGAGAUCAAGGAUGUGAUCGGAAAUGAAGUGACUGGGAUUACGACUGCGGCAAAAGGAGGUAUCGAAUCGGUCGGCGCGCAACUCAAACAGCAGGCACAACUCCUGGAAAAUCUGGUUACCCCCGAUGAAGAAGAACGACCGACCGAUGAAGCUAACCCGCCUGGACAAACCAAAAAAUCUGAGGUCCCGAAUUCAAACUCGAUGGGUUUCGGCUGGAUGAAGAAUUUGGUUGAUACCGUCAAGAAUUUCGGAGUCGAAGAUACUACUCUCGGGGAGAACGAUCAUACCGAAGUAAUUCGCCGAAAAGGGAUGCGCAGGACAACGUUGCCACUGAACCUCCUGAAAGCCCUCCAAAGUGAUGAGAGCACGUAUCUCGUGCCCCCAGAGGAACCAGCGACCUUCCAAGCGUGGUUAAAGAAGUUUAAUAUGGGCGAGCACGAUGGCGAGAUUGAAAUGCUGAUGUCGAGUAUGCCCGAGCUUAAAACCAUUUAUGAAAGACUGGUCCCGGAUAAAGUUGAUGCGGAGACUUUUUGGAUGCGCUAUUUUUACAAGGUGGAAAUCGCCGAAAUCGACGAGGAGAUGAAGCACACGCUCAAGGAUCUGAAAAUCAACACUGAGCAAAAGCAAAAGCUGAAGGAAGAGCUUCAAGUUGAGACCGAACGCUCCGAGCCGACCAGUGGGGCGCAGAGCAACGACGGCUGGAGCUUUUGCGAGAACCAGGAUAUUGAGGAGUUGACGUCGAAUGGGGAGGACACCGAAAAAGAGGACGACCGACUGUCGCCCGGCCCCUUGACGCCCAAACUGCCCGAAGACCCGAAAGUCGAGCCGGAGGCCAGCAGCCCCGCCAAGAAGCAGACGCGAAGCAAAAAGGGCAAGAACUCAUCGAAGCAGAACAGCGGAUGGGAGCAGGUGCCCCGGCAG